AUGACCAUCUAUUUUUUAAGUGCAAAAGCUCAUGAAGAAUACUAUAACAAAACAAAAUUUGAUAUUCGUAUGAAGCAAAAAAUAACCAAACUUUAUUUCUUUCACCAUGAAAUUUAUGGUGGAAAAAACCCAACUACUGUUCAAAUAGCUCAAGCCAAUUCAACCAACAACCAAAUUAGUUUUGUCAAGCCGAUGAAACUGAAGGAGUCAGUCGUUCUUUACUUGGAUUAUGGAUUAAACAAAGGAAAAUUUAAAGGAAGUUCGUUUGUCAUUAUUUCACGAUAUUUUUUUCCAGAUUCGAGACACGAGCUUGCAGUUGUUGGUGGGAGAGAAAAGUUUCGGAUGGCUACAGGUUUUGCUAAGAUUCGAUCUGUUUAUCUUAAUGCCACUGAGACGUAUAAUAUUGAUAAAUAUGUUGUUACCUUGUAUCAUUACUAA